AUGGCGAUAUAUUCCCAAACACGGUCGAUAAAGAAUUGUGUCCAAGGUAAAGUAUAUUUGAAGCAACACGGGAAGAUUCCAAUUCCUAGAUUAACAGAAAGAACAAAACCGCAAAAAUCAGAUCUUCACCUACAUCACACUUUAAACAUGUCUAACAUGAACGUGCUAAUAUAUUCCGGUCCAGGAACCACACCAGCUUGUGUUAACCAAUGCCUUGAGACAUUCAGAGUUUUAUUUACCCCUUAUUACUCUGUCUCUACUGUUUCGGAACACAUCUUACGGGACCAACCUUGGGAAGACAAAACGGCUGUUAUUAUUAUCCCUGGAGGGGCCGAUCUUCCUAUUGUCAAAGAGUUUAGAGAAAAAAUCAACGAAAAGAUAAAAAAAUAUGUACAAAAGGGUGGUAAAUAUAUAGGUAUAUGUUCUGGUGGAUAUUAUGGUUCUGGUAGAUGUGAAUUUGAAGUAGGUACGUCAAUGGAGGUCAGUGGACCAAGAGAAUUAAAAUUUUUUCCUGGAACGUGUAGAGGUGGCGUAUUCAGGGGUUUCAAAUAUGGAUCAGAAGCCGGUGCACGUGUGGCUGAUCUGAAGAUCAAUACAAGCUUGUUACCGGAUCAACCAAAUACUGUUUACGGCUAUGUCAAUGGGGGUGGUUUAUUUGUAGAUGCUAACAAGUAUCCCAAUGUCCAGACUUUAGCAUAUUAUGGAGACAAAUUAGACGUAGAUUAUGGAGCAGAUGGAAAGAAGGCUGCGGUUGUGCUUUGUAAGGUUAGCAGAGGUGAUGCUCUUUUGUUUGGCCCACACUUAGAAUUUAGUCCAGAUUUAUUGAAAGAAGAUUCCGAAGUUCCUAGGUUUUCGCAAGUUAUUAAAUCAUUGGCAGCUACAAACAAACAAAGGAUUGACUUUUUGCGUUCUUCUUUAAAACUUCUAGGAUUAAAAGUAAGUGACAAAGUUUACGAAAGACCUAAACUCUCACCUUUAUUUCUGACAUCGAUUGACGGCAGUUCUGCCACAGAAUUGGUCAACCUAAUGGAACACGAAAUAGGCUAUCAUAUUCAAAACAUAAUGGAUGUAGGAACGGACAAGUUUGCAAUCAACAAAUCCGCCGCUUCUAUCAAUACAUUGGAAAAUAGUUCUUCCCAUGAAGAUCCAAAUCUAGCUAUUAAAAAGAUUUAUCUCUGUGAUGAUAAAAUUCCUGAUCCAUCCAUGACGCCCUACUUUGAUCUGCUGAGCUAUAAAAAUCAUUUGGUUCAAUUCUAUCAAGAAUCAGAAGAGCAUACUAUAAGUAGGGGUGCUGUUUCUAACACAUUUAUGUAUGGGGAGGUCGUGACAUCAACCUCAGUUUUAAUGGAUAUUAAUUAUAGGUUGUUACCAUUGCUACCUGAUGGAUUCACUAUUAUUGGCACUGUCCAGGUGCUAGGAAGAGGGCGCUCAGGAAAUCAUUGGGUAAAUCCUAGAGGUGUACUCCCUGUAUCCACACUAUUGCGCAUGCCAAUGAACAUAGUCAAUAAUGCACCGUUAGUCUUUGUCCAAUAUUUGUCAAGUAUGGCAUACACCCGUGCAAUACUUGAGUACGACGUUGGUUAUAACAAAAUUCCGGUAAGGAUCAAAUGGCCAAAUGAUAUUUAUAUUAGACUACCAGAGUAUAUCGGUAAGGAGAUCGACAGCAGAUCCAAGGCGGUGACACACGCAAAAAUAGGAGGGGUUCUAGUUAAUACCCAUGCUUUUGACGAUCAGUAUUAUCUUAUUGUCGGUGCUGGAUUAAAUGUGAAUAAUGAAGCUCCAACAACAUCCAUUAACUCGGUUAUAAAAGUAAUGAAUGAACACGAAAAGUCUAUUGACGGUAGUGAGUUCCUCGAACCACUCCGUGAAGAAAAACUCCUGGCCAGAUAUAACGUCAUUUUUCAUGAGAUGUUUGAAAUGUUUAAGAAGUCGGGGUUUUCUCCGUUUUUACAGCAAUACUAUAAGCUUUGGUUUCACUCAAACCAAAUUGUGACAUUGGCAAAUAAUAAUAAUAUUCAGGCUCAGAUUUGUGGGAUCACACCUGAUUGGGGCAUGUUAAUGGCCAGAGAUCUCAAGACGGGAACCAUAUAUGAAUUGCAACCUGACGGUAACUCAUUUGAUAUGUUCAAAGGCUUAAUUUCUUCAAAACGCUAA